AUGUGGGCGGGGCUUGGCGGCGUCCAAAGUCAGCUGACUCUGUGUGAAGCGGUCAGAGGGGGGCGGGACCUUUGAGGUGGCCCUUCUUCUUCUUCUGUGGUGUCUUUAUAGUGCGGCCCCCUGCAGAGCGGCCCCUCACAGCUCCUCUUCCUCUCUCUCUUCUUCUUCUUUUUCUCUUCUGUGGCGUGCGGCAUGAAAGCGUGCGGCGGCGGUCGGCCCGUUUUCCCCCGUGGCUGCAGAGAGAGGAGGUAUUGAUUGGAGGAGAACAAUCGCUGAAGUCACACAAACGCCUCCUGCAGCCGCCGGGCGCCGCAGAGACACCACAGAAGAAGAAAAAAAGAGAGUUAAAAGCUGCUUCUGCGUCUGUCUGCUCGCCGCCGGAGGAGAGAGCGAGGGAGGGGGGGCAGACCUCGGCUCGACGCGGCUCCCUGUGGACCCCGGAGCUGCUCAGGCCGGGACCCCGGACCCUUCGACCUCACCCGGCUGAGGGCCAAACACACGGCGCCCGGAACUGUGACACCCCGAAGGUCGCCGGCUCAAAUCCAGAGCUCAGCGCCGGCGGGCACGCUGAACUUUUCUCCGAGUGUAAACUCGACCCACCCAGACUCACCCCGCCCCCCCCGAGCAGCGCCGCCACCCACGUGUUCAUGAGCGCAGUCCAGGGGUCAACGGCGCCGGAUAAUCGCUUUCAGGGCCGCCGCCACGGAGACUACAAUCAUGAUGUCAUCACUAUCAGCGCAAUAUGA